AUGUCGGUUGCCUUGCUUUCUGCUUUUAUCGCUGCUCUCAUCGUACUUUGCCCUGUUCACGUUGGCGGUGUAGGGACGACGCUGGGUAUCGAAAACAUUGUCAAAGGACGUUGCGCGUAUUACCGGCAAUCUAGACUUCCGGCUGAAGCUGGUGAAGACUUUGCUCUCACUUCUCUCCGUAAUUUGGACUGUGAUAAGGUAUGGGACGCAUUCAAAGGUGCAUUUGCUCACAGAAAUCCGUGCAAAGUAGUAACGGAGGACUACUCUGCUUACUAUAACUUGACUGAAACGGAAAUUCCUGCAGGCAAGGAGUUGAAUGGCAAAUCUCUUCCUUCAAUAGUCCAAGAAUUCUGGGGCAUUUGGUUUGACGUCCUCAUUGACUAA